ACGGUCCCCCGGUGAAGCGGAAAACUUUUCAAAACAAGCUUGUCAGUCGUCAGAGUCUCGAUUGUUUGAACUGGCCUUAUCGCAAAUAUUUUAAAUUCAUUUUGCACUUUUUUCAUUUUUAAAUUUCUUGCUGUAAAAUGGAGAGCAAUAAGCACGACCGACUGUUUCUCGAAAUUUUAAAAGAACAACGUAGUAUAGUCACGUUUCUCGAUUCUGUCUUUGGAUUCCUUUACAGAUGCACAGACUUUUUUCAGCAUCAAAAUGAUUCUUCUGGAAAAGUUGGGUUUCCAGGUGGUGUAGCUAAUGGUGUUGUACAGAAACUGUUCCAAAGAUAUGAAAACCAGAUUCAUUACGAGAAACAGGCUGCCAUACUAGGGAACAUGGCAUCUAAUGAAAGUGAUGUUCCUUCAGCCUGUCAAGAGAUUGUGUUAGGUGUUGAAGCAGACACAACUGAACCUUUUAAAGUUGAAACAAAUAGUGCUGCCUGGAGAAAGAUAGAGGAAAAUCAAGAAAAAGAUGUUAGGGAAAUGUACAAUGGAGAUGACCGGGGAACCUACAGGUGGAGUCAAACCAUUGGUGAUAUUGAUGUUUUCAUUCCAGUCACAAAGGACAUACAAAAAGCUAAACAAGUAAAUGUGAAAAUUGACCCUCUCCAUCUCUGGGUUGCAACUGUUGGACAUGAUGGAAGCUUUGUUUUGAUAGACCAAACAUUCCCUCACAGAGUUAUCCCUGAUGAGUGUCUAUGGAGCCUUGAUGGAGAAUAUGUCCAAGUCAACCUAGAAAAAAAAGAAGAAUGUUGGUGGGAUAGAUUAUUUUCUUCUGAUCCCCCAAUUGAUACAAAAAAAAUUGAUACAGUCAUUAUGACCAGUGACCUGAGUCAAGAAGAACAUAUGAAAGUAGAGGAGUUGAUAGUUAACCAAGGAAGAAGACAGCAGUUUUCAAAUGUAAUUCCCUUACUAAUAACAUUAAUAUUAAGUUCAGAUGACAACUUACUCUUUUGAUUUCAUGUGGACUUCACUUAAAACAUCAUUUGUUUAUUCUAUAAUAUUGUACAGCUAUUAAAAACCAAACCAGCAACUGAAAGCUCUUCAGCUACCAAUAACAAUUAUUGGGUCCAAGCAUAUCCUCAGGUUUUACCCAUUCAUUGAACUGCUCCUCCGUCAAAUAACCAAGCUUGAUGGCAGUUUCCUUCAGCGUGGAGCCUUCUUUAUGGGCUGUCUUGGCUAUCUUAGCAGCCUGUUGGACAGAACACAAUAUAAAUCAAUAAUUAUCAAUGAAGCUGUAUCAGCCGAAAUAUAACCUUGUCGUAACCGA